CACAAGAGCCAUGUGUUUUAGCUCCACGCUUUGAUGGGUUCAAAAAACUUUUCAGAACUGUUUCUGAGUAACGCCGUGUAACGGGAAAGAAAGAGAGGAAAAGAGGAGGAGAGUGGGGGUGCAAGAGGCUGCAAGUUGCGAGGGAGAGAGAUGGGGAGCAGAAGGAGCUUCGAGCAAAGACAAACUGUCUUCUUUGUGGUUAUAUGAUUCCAGUUCUUGAAGGAUACAUUUCCUGGAAAAUAACUGGGAAGACUUUGCGAGACAAACAACAGUAGGGUGUUUUCUUCACUCCAUACUUUUCAUCCUGCUACUGAAGCAAGCCACCAGCCACUUUAACAAUGCAGCGCGAAGAGCUGUCGGCCAGAGAGGAGUUCACCUACACCCACAUGCCCACUCUGGGGAGAGGAAAUGGGACACUGGGACGACGGGGUGACCGGGGAGCUGAGAGAAGGCCAGACCGAGGGGAGCGGGAUAGGUCUGAACGGGACAGCUACACAGUGGACGUGAGGGCCAGUGACCUGCAGCUGGCCCAGCCGGAGCCCCUAAAGCACCCCUGCUUCAGCUACAGGGCCUGGCUCUACAGUGUCCUCAUAGGGGGCUGUCUGCUCAUCACAUCUGGUUUCUCUCUGUACUUGGGAAAUGUGUUUCCUGUUGCCAUGGACUACCUGCGCUGUGCUGCGGGCUCUGGCAUCCCUGCAGCAAUAGCUAGUUUUGCUAUUGCCAAGAACAGACACGUUGCAGUGUCAGAUUUUCAAGUGGUCUAUGUGUCAACAUUUGCUGUGACGACCACAUGCCUGGUUUGGUUUGGUUGUAAGCUGGUCUUGAACCCCUCAGCUGUCAAUAUUAACUUCAACCUUAUCCUGAUGAUCUUGUUGGAGGUGUUGAUGGCCAGCACUGUCAUCCUGUCAGCCCGCUCUGCAGAGGACUGCUGCUGCCACAGGAAGUCGGGGUCAUACGACAGGCCUGUGAUUAUCAAACCUGCAGUCUUCCCCACUCGGCUCCUUAAAGCAUAUUCUGUAAUUGAAGUGAUUGUAGGAAUCUCGGCUGUAUUUGGAGGCAUUAUUGCGCUCAACAUGGACGCUUUGUUGCCUGGUCCCUACUUGUCUGUUACAUUUUUCUGGAUCCUUGUGGCUUGUUUCCCCAGUGCUAUUGCCAGUCAUGUUGUGUCAGAAUACCCUAACAAAUGCCUGGUGGAGGUGUUGAUUGCCAUCAGCAGCGUGACGUCUCCUCUGCUCUUUUCAGCCUCUGGAUUCCUCUCUUGCAGUGUGAUCAGCUUUAUUGAAAUAUUCCUGCAUGAUGUGCCUACAGCCAAACAAUCCUAUGACAUAUUGCUGCUGAUUCUGAUGGUGCUGCUGCUGGUGCAGGCAAUUCUUACUUCAGCCACUGUGGUGCACUGUGCCACCUACAAAAGUCAGCUUCGCAUGGGAGCUCCAGAGUGUGAUGACAACAUUCAGACCCAGAUGCAUUACUGUGAGGUAUGCCAGCAAACAUCAAAUGGAGCAUUGCAGGAUUUUGACAAAGACAGAGCUUGGAAGGCAGUUGUGGUCCAAAUGGCUCAAUGAAGAGAGCAUCCAGGAAUUUGGAGAGACCUGGUGAUAGAAGAAGGGUAAAACAAGCGCUAUAAGCUGCAAAUACAAGAGUAUAAUCAGAAGACAGAGAAUAUUGGAGCAAGAGGGAAAAGCAGUAUUGGAAAGACACGGAAAACUGGAGACUGGAAUAAAGAACAAAAUACACAAAAAUGAAGCAAAGAUAGGAGGAAAAAAAUUG